AUGGAAGUGAGGAAUCUUCCAGUUCUGCUGUUGCUAUGUGUGGCAGUUUGCUCAGCCUAUCCAUUGGACAGAGCUGCAAAGGACAAGGAUGACAGCAUGGACCUUGUUCAGCAAUACCUCGAAAACUACUACAACCUUGAAAAGGUUGUGAAACAGUUUGUUAGAAGAAAGGACAGUGGUCCUGUAGUUAAAAAAAUACAAGAAAUGCAGAGGUUCCUGGGGUUGGAAGUGACAGGGAAGCUGGACUCUGACACUCUGGAGGUGAUACACAAGCCCAGAUGUGGGGUUCCUGACGUUGGUCACUUCAGCACCUUUCCUGGCAUGCCCAAGUGGAGGAAAACUCACCUCACUUACAGGAUUGUGAAUUAUACACUGGAUUUGCCAAGAGAUGCUGUUGAUUCUGCCAUUGAGAAAGCUCUGGCAGUCUGGGAGGAGGUGACUCCAUUUACAUUCUCCAGGAUCAAUGAAGGAGAGGCAGACAUAAUGAUAAUUUUUGCAGUUCGAGAACAUGGAGACUUUAGCCCUUUUGAUGGACCUGGAAAAGUUUUGGCUCACGCCUAUCCACCUGGGCCAGGGAUUUAUGGAGAUGCUCACUUUGAUGAUGAUGAAAAAUGGACAAAGGAUACAUCAGGGAUCAAUUUAUUCCUCGUUGCUGCCCAUGAACUUGGCCAUUCCCUGGGUCUCCAACACUCGACCAACAGUGAAGCUUUGAUGUAUCCAGUCUACAAGCCAUUCGCAGACCUGACUCGGUUCCACCUUUCUCAAGAUGAUGUGAAUGGCAUUCAGUCCCUGUAUGGACCUCCGACAGCUUCUCCAGAUGACCCUGUGGUGCCCACAGAAUCUGUGCCUCCAGAACCUGGCACACCAGCCACAUGUGAUCCUGCUUUGUCCUUUGAUGCAGUCAGCACUCUGAGGGGAGAAAUUCUGUUCUUUAAAGACAGACAUUUUUGGCGCAAAUCCUUCAGGACACUUGUACCUGAAUUUCAUUUGAUCUCUUCGUUUUGGCCAUCUCUUCCUUCAGGCAUAGAUGCUGCAUAUGAAGUUAUUAGCAAAGACAGCGUUUUCAUUUUUAAAGGAAGUCAGUUCUGGGCCAUCAGAGGAAAUGAGGUGCAAGCAGGUUACCCAAGAGACAUCCAUACCCUGGGUUUUCCUUCAACAAUAAGGAAAAUAGAUGCAGCCUUUUCUGAUAAGGAAAAGAAGAAAACAUACUUCUUUGUAGAGGACAAAUACUGGAGAUUUGAUGAGAAGAGACAAUCCAUGGAACCAGGCUUUCCCAAGCAAAUAGUGGAAGACUUCCCAGGGGUUGACCCAGAGGUGGAUGCUGUUUUUGAAGCAUUUGGGUUUUUCUAUUUCUUCAAUGGAUCUUCGCAGUUGGAGUUUGACCCAAAUGCAAAGAAAGUGACACAUGUUUUGAAGAGUAACAGCUGGUUGAAUUGUUAG